AACCAGUAAACAAAAGACCGGAAAGAGGGCUACGCAAACAGAGUUGUCGCACAUUAUUGACGUCAUUUGUUACCUCUAGUUAUGGCGGCUGAAGGCGCGGAAGCAUUCAGCGACAACGGGGAAUUCAUAAACCCGUCAGAGUGUGAAGCCCCCGAGGUCACUAACUUUCCCCAGCCAGAUUUAGGGGUAUCUGAAGACAUGGGAGGAACAGACAUGGCAGAUCCAUCAUUAGCCUACAGCGCCCCUCCAGUGACCGGAGAAGAGGAAGUGGAGGACCGAGAACUGCCAGUGGAUUUUGAAAGGCAGUGGAAACUGGUGAAUGACAACCCACAGGAUUUCAACAGCUGGACUGAAUUAUUACAGUACUGUGAACAAGAGGGUAAUUUGAGAGCAUCUCGUCAGGCCCUGAAUGCAUUCCUGGAGAGAUACCCGCUCUGCUACGGCUACUGGAAGAAGUUUGCAGAUUUGGAAAGGCGAGCAGGACACAACCACAAGGCUGAGGAGGUAUGUGUGCAAGGGCUGACAGUAAUUCCUCUCAGUGUGGAUCUGUGGAUACAUUACAUUAACCUCCUGCUUGGCACACUGAAUAUGAACCUGCCUGAGUCGACACAGCGCAUUCGCAGUGUGUUUGAGGGUGCUCUGGCUGCGGCAGGUUGGGACUGGCACUCAGACCGCCUGUGGGACCUGUACGCUGAGUGGGAGAAAGAACAGGGAGACCUGAGAGCCAUGACUGCAGUCUAUGAUCGUGUGAUGAAAGUGCCCACGCAGCUCUACAGCACCCACUAUGAAAAAUUAAAGGCUCACUUAACAUCAGGUCCUCUCCAGGAUGUCCUGAGCCCUGAAGAAUACGAGAAGGUGCAGGCUGAGUACAGGCAGAUUCAGAUUCAGGCUAAGAAAGAGGGAUCCGAUGCUACAGCUGGUGAGGAAGAGGAGAGGCCGCCUGGGGAGGACGAUCCCACAAAUGAUGGCAAAUAUUCGGAAGAGGCAGUGCAGAAAAUGCAGGAGAUGAUCUUGGCCAGCAGAGAGGAAAUGUAUCAGCAGAAUGAGGCCGAGGUCAGGAAGAGAUGGAACUACGAAGAUGCGAUUAAGAGACCGUAUUUCCAUGUGAAGCCUUUGGACCGGGCCCAGCUGAAAGCCUGGCACACAUACCUGGACUGGGAGAUGGCUGAAGCUGAGGCAGCACAUGCGGUCACUGAGGGGACGAGUGUGGAAGGUCAGGAGGGCUCAGAGGUCAAAGAGGGCAUCGCUGGCCAUAGGAGAGUGCAGAUUCUGUUUGAGCGCUGCCUCAUUGCCUGUGCACUCUAUGAGGAGUUCUGGGAUAAGUAUGUGCAUUAUCUAGAGCCACGCAGUCUGGAGGAGGCACGCAAUGUAUAUCGAAGAGCUUGUGAAAUCCACCUGCCGUACAAGCACAGUCUUCACUUGCAGUGGGCCAUGUUUGAGGAGAGACACGGUAAUAUCUCUGAGGCGCAGCGUAUACUAGAAGCUCUAGAGAGGGCUAUGCCUGGCCUGGCCAUGGUGCGGCUCCGGAGGGCGGGACUAGAGAGGAGGGUGGGUCGUCUGGAUAAGGCGGAGUCACUGCUAAAGGAGGCAGUUGAGGAGAAUAAAGACAAGCCGCAACUUCAUGCCUUUUACUCCAUCAAACUGGCCCGCUUUCUUCACAAAUUAGGCAAGAACCCAUCGCGGGCUCGCGCCGUGCUGCAAGAGGCCAUUGAGAUUAGUCCGGACAACAGUAAGCUCUACCUGAAUCUGCUGGACCUGGAGCUAUCUGGGGAUCUGCGGCCCAACGGGGGAGGAGUCCAGCAGUGUGUGACCAAAGCUUUAGCUGCACCUCUCUCAUCAGAUAGUAAGAUCCUUUUCUCCCAAAGAGGCCUGCAGUUUGCUGAGGAUUUUGGGACCACAGUGCAAAGUGUGCUGAGUAUCUACGAGGAACACCAGAAGCUUCUAAAUGAUCUUGGUGCAAAGAAGCGUGGAGCAGAGAACGGUGAUAGCGACGAUCCGGAGAAAAUAAGUAAAAUGGAUGAUGGAUCUGCAGCACCUAUGCAAGCUGUCCCGCCCACUAUGCCCCCUGUUCCUCCUCCUCCAGUGAUGGGUGGAGAUAUGAGUGGAUAUGGAAACUAUGGCAACUGGUAUCAGCAACAGCAGUAUGGAGGAUAUGGUGGCUACUCCAACCCCUGGAACCAGUACAGUCAGUACUACCCUCCCAGUUAGGGGCCAGACGGGUCUGUGUGAAGCAGUACUCCAUAAUGAUCACCUUUCAUACACACAUGGCAAGAUCUCACACUGAACACAUUUGCUAUGUCCAGAAGUAGAUGUUUAAUGGAAGUGUGAUGAUGCACAUGAGCUGAGUAACUUUUCUGACCACAGAUCCACUCAUCCCAGUGCUUUGAUGGACGGCUAAUUUCCAACAUUUAUUCACAUCCCGUGGUAAUAACUGUUCCAGCCUCGGUUUUGUACUUAGUGCUUCUUCUGAACUCUCAGAAAGAUUCAAACUGAAUUAUAUCUGCCUUUUAAACAGUGUCCCUCUGUGGAAUACAUCUUUGUGUAAUUUUUUCUCUAUAUUCUAAACAUUUUUCUAAGCUUUUAACUCGUCACAACUGUACACGUCCGCAUCAAGCCAUUGGAGCAGGAAGCUAGCUUGCAUUAAUUGUUUGUUUAAUCAUGUGUCAUAUAUGGACAACAGUGCAACAUAACACAGCUUGUACAACAGGGUUGUUACAGUGUCAUGGUUUCAUGGUUAGAUCUGAUGCUUAGCUCACCACUGAUUGUCCUUAUUCCAGUGGUUCAUCCCUUUUGUGCCUAUUUCGCAACCGACUGUCUCUGGACUCGCCCGAAAUCAUACUUACAGCAACCUCUGUUUCUCCAACUGCAUGAAAAACACUUUUUGUAAUCCGCUUCUGUGGUAAAAGCUGCCACUCCUAGCAUGUUUGUAACUUUAUCAUACAUGACAGCUAUCAAACUCGCAGGAGAACGUGACAUUGCCAACCAGAACUAAACCAAACAACUAUAUUUUUAUGGCCACUGUCUUUCAGCUUAUAACAGCAUAAAUACUGACCAUGUAAGAGAUUUUAUAAGAGAAAAAAUUCUCAAAAAAAAAUGUUUAAGAAAGAAGAAUUAGGGUAUUUGAUUUUUCUUUUGGUUUUUGUUAUAUGUGCAAGGUUGCACAGAGACUAAAAUAUUCUCUGCACAACUAAAUUUAAAAAAUCUUUUUGCUACUGGCUUGUGUUUUUAAAUGGUUGAUUAAUACCAUAAUUACGUAAAACUGUCUCUAAAAAUAUUGUCAUAGGUUUUAGACUAGAUUAUCAUACCAUGGAAAUUUCAAACUGUAACACCCCUAUUGUACACUCAAGCUUUACUUACUUAAAGGUGCUGCUUAUGUUUUUAUCAUGAGGUAAGAUUUGAUUAUGCCUUUUUUACAUAGCUGUCCAUGUUCUCUGUAUUGUUUCUGCAUUCAUGUCUCUGAUGUCAUGUCUCAAUGUAUUGUGUUGUUCAGAGAACAUCCUUAGCAUUUAUAAUUUAGAUACUUAAAUUUAGAAAAAAAGUCAUAUUUCCUUUAUCUUGAGUGGUGUGAGGUGAAAUGUUCAGAAUAUGAAAAGUGAUAGUGUUACAGGGAGAAGUCUAAUUAACAGAAAUAUAUUUACUGGACAUGCUCUGUGUAUAUGAGGUGCAGAUCAUAUAUUAUGUACAAAGCUUUGUUUUAUGUAAGUGAUUCUGUGUAAAUGCCUGGGAAACAUCUAAAGAAAAACUUUUUUUUGUUUGUUUUCGAUUUACAGUUAUUAAUUUUUUGCAGCUUUUUUUUUUAUUGCAACAGCCCUACUUCCUGUUUUCACCUUCCAUACCCAACAGGUAUCCUGGAGCUUUAUUAUAUAUAUUUCAUAAUGUUUACCUGCAUUUGUCCUUUUAUGCCAUCUUUUUUUCAUGAAUAAAGAAGAAAUUCUAUUUUAA